GCGCGCGCGCGCGCGUGCGUGAUGGCGGCGCGGCGGCUCCGGGCCGCUUCUUCCUCCGGAGGGUUCCGGCGACUGAAGGCGGCGGGUCAGCCGUGAGGGGAGAAAGAAAAAAAAAAGAAAAGAAAAAAAAGGCGGCCGCUCCUCCUCCUCGUCGUCGCCGCCUCUGCCCGAAGAGCGACCGUCGGCGGUGUUUCUCGGCGGCCAUGGAGCGGCGGGACCGGCGUCGUGGGGGGGCGUCGUCCGGCCUGCUGGAGGGGCUGCCGGCCUUGCCGUGGCGGCUGCUGCUGCUGCUGGUGUCGCUGCUGGCGGCGCCGGGCGCUGAGUCGGCCUCGGCGGACGGCAAGGCGUGCGAGAAGCCCUGCGCCAACGGAGGACGCUGCCAGCCCAGCACCGGCCAGUGCGAGUGCCAGCCCGGCUGGGUGGGCGACCAGUGCCAGCACUGCGGGGGGCGCUUCCGGCUUACCGGACCUUCAGGAUACGUAACGGACGGGCCGGGAAAUUACAAAUACAAAACAAAAUGCACGUGGCUCAUAGAAGGAAAGCCCAACACGGUCUUGAGGCUUCGCUUUAAUCACUUUGCAACCGAAUGCAGCUGGGAUCACCUCUAUGUCUACGAUGGAGACUCCAUCUAUUCUCCAUUACUGGCCGCUUUUAGCGGCCUGAUCGUUCCCGAGCGGGAGAGUAACGAGACGGUCCCUGAAGUUACGGCCACCUCCGGCUACGCUCUUCUGCACUUCUUCAGUGAUGCCGCUUACAACCUGACGGGCUUCAACAUCACCUACCACUUCAACGUCUGCCCCCAGAACUGCUCUGGCCGAGGGGAAUGUCAGCCUCGGAACGGCAGCCAAGCGGUCGAAUGCGAGUGUUGGGAACAUUGGAAAGGAGAGGCCUGCGAUAUUCCCAAUUGCCCAGAGGACUGUGGUUUUCCGGAAAGGGGUCAGUGCAGCGUGAACGGAACUCAGGGCUGCAUCUGUUACCCCGGUUGGCAAGGUGUCGACUGCUCGGUUCCUAUUCCGGCAAAUCGCUCCUUUUGGACCCGGGAGGAAUUCUACAUCCCCAAACUGCCACGAGCGUCUCACAAAGCCGUGGUCCAAGACGAGCUCAUGUGGGUGAUCGGCGGCUACAUGUUCAAUCACACGGACUCUCAGAUGGUCUUGGCGUACAAUCUGGAAUCCAGAGAAUGGAUGACCCUGGGCAGUUCUGUGAAUAGCGUGGGGAUCAGAUACGGGCAUUCAAUAGCCUUACACGAAAACAAAAUCUACAUGUACGGAGGCAAGAUAGAUGAAAGCGGCAAUGUAACCACCGAGCUCUGGGUCUUCCACAUCUCCAACCACUCCUGGGUUCCCCUGGUGCCAAAGGCCAAGGAGCAGUACGCCGUGGUGGGCCACUCCGCCCACAUGGUCACCCUGCAGGAUGGCACGGCGGUAAUGCUGGUCCUCUUCGGGCAUUGCCCUCUUUACGGCUAUAUCAGCAGCGUGCAGGAGUACAAUCUAGCCACAAACACAUGGAGCAUUUUACAAACCCGAGGAGCCCUGGUGCAAGGCGGAUACGGCCACAGCAGUGUGUACGACGAAAACUCCAACUCCAUCUACACACACGGGGGUUACAAGGCGUUUAGCGCUAACAAAUACAGGUUGACAGACGAUCUGUACAAAUACGAAGUUCGUAAGUACAAGUGGACUAUUCUGAAAGAGAGUCGGUUCUCCCGCUAUUUGCAUUCGGCGGUCAUCAUCAGCGGGGCCAUGUUGGUUUUUGGAGGAAACACCCACAACGACACCUCCAUGAGCCAGGGGGCGAAGUGCUUCUCUUCGGACUUCAUGGCUUACGAUAUAGCUUGUGAUCGUUGGGCGGUGCUUCCUCCACCUGAUCUCCCCCACGACAUCAACCGGUUCGGACACUCGGCUGUGCUGAGCAACAACACCAUGUACCUCUUCGGAGGCUUCAACAGCCUGCUCUUGAGCGACAUCGUAAAAUAUACGCCCGAAAGCUGCGAAGCCUACCCCACUCAGGCCUCCUGCUUAAAGGCGGGUCCUGGACUCCGAUGUGUCUGGAACGGCUCCGUUUCCCAGUGCUUCCCUUGGGAAAUGGCCGCCACGCAGCAAGAACACAAAACGAACGAAGAAUGUCCUUCUUGGCUGGCUGUGGACCAUGAAAAAUGCGACCAGAUCACAGACUGCUACAGCUGCACGGCCAACACCAACUGGUGUCAUUGGUGCACUGACCAGUGCCUCUCCAAGAACAGCAAUUGCUCGGAAGGCCAGACCCCCAUUGCCGCCUUUGAAAGCUGCCCCAAGGACAACCCGGCUUUUUACUGCAACAAAAAAACCAGUUGCAAGAGCUGCAGCCUGGACCAGAACUGCCAGUGGGAAGCACGGAACCAGGAAUGCAUCGCUUUGCCUGAAAACAUCUGUGGGGCAACGUGGCACCUGGUGGGCAAUUCUUGCCUGAGAAUCACCAACACUAAAGAUAGCUACGACAACGCCAAGUUGGCUUGCAGGAGCCAUAAUGCGGCUCUGGCCUCCCUCACGACACAGAAGAAGGUGGAAUUUCUUUUGAAGGAGCUGCAGAAGACUCAGUCCUCGCCCAAAGCUUUGACACCCUGGGUCGGAUUGCGGAAGAUCAACAUCUCGUACUGGUGCUGGGAAGACAUGUCCCCGUUUACCAACACUUUGCUCCGGUGGCUUCCGGGGGAACCCAGCGACAUCGGCUUCUGCAGCUAUUUAGCGGAGCCCAGCAACCAAGGCCUGAAGGCCGCCACCUGCAUCAACCUGGUCAACGGCAGCAUCUGCGAAAGGCCAGCCAACCACAGCGCCAAGCAGUGCCGCACCCCCUGCGGCCUGAGGACGGCGUGCAGCGAAUGCACCAGCAGCAACUCCGAGUGCAUGUGGUGCAGCAACAAGAAGCAGUGUGUGGACUCCAACGCGUACGUGGCCUCCUUCCCUUACGGCCAGUGCAUGGAAUGGCACACCGUCAGCAGCUGUCCACCUGAAAACUGUUCCGGCUACUUCACCUGCAGCCACUGCCUGGAGCAACCGGGGUGCGGCUGGUGCACGGAUCCCAGUAACACCGGGAAGGGCCGAUGCAUGGAAGGCUCUUCCAGGGCUCCGAUGAAGAUGCCAGCGGUCUCCCUGCCCUCAACGGGAAAACCCUACCCAGACCCCGUCCUGGAUGCCAGCCUUUGCCUGACGGAGAACAGAUACAACUGGUCCUUUAUCCAGUGUCCAGCCUGCCAAUGCAACGGGCACAGCAAAUGUGUCAACGAGAGCAUCUGCGAGCGAUGUGAGAACCUGACCACCGGCAAACACUGCGAGACGUGCAUCUCCGGUUACUAUGGAGACCCCACGAACGGAGGGACCUGCCAGCCCUGCAAGUGCAACGGCCACGCUUCCAUCUGCAACACCAACACCGGGAAGUGUUUCUGCACAACCAAAGGGAUCAAAGGAGAAGAAUGCCAACUGUGUGAAGUUGAGAAUCGAUACCAGGGUAACCCUCUCAAAGGAACCUGCUACUAUACCCUUCUCAUCGACUAUCAGUUCACUUUCAGUCUCUCCCAAGAAGACGACCGCUAUUACACCGCAAUCAAUUUUGUGGCGACACCCGAAGAGCAAAACAGAGACCUGGACAUGUUUAUCAACGCUUCGAAAAACUUCAACCUUAACAUCACUUGGUCGACAAGCUUUGCAGCUGGUACACAGGCCGGAGAGGAGAUUCCAGUGGUUUCAAAGAACCAAGUCAAAGAAUACAAGGACAGCUUCUCCAAUGAGAAAUUUGAUUUCCGCAACAAUCCCAACAUCACUUUCUUUGUCUACGUCAGCAACUUCACCUGGCCCAUAAAAAUUCAGAUUGCAUUUUCACAGCACAGUAACUUUAUGGAUCUGGUGCAGUUCUUUGUCACGUUUUUCAGCUGCUUCCUGUCUCUGCUUCUGGUGGCUGCUGUGGUUUGGAAGAUUAAGCAAAGCUGCUGGGCAUCGCGGAGGAGAGAGCAAUUGCUCCGAGAGAUGCAACAGAUGGCCAGCCGCCCCUUUGCUUCCAUCAACGUCGCCUUGGAAACGGACGAAGCGCCCCCUGAUCUCAUCGGAGGCAGCAUUAAGAUGGUGCCCAAGCCCAUCGCCCUGGAGCCUUGUUUUGGCAACAAAGCGGCCGUCCUUUCCGUGUUUGUGCGGUUGCCGAGGGGCCUCGGUGGGAUCCCUCCACCUGGGCAGUCAGGUCUUGCAGUCGCCAGCGCCUUGGUGGACAUUUCACAACAGAUGCCUAUCACCUACAAAGACAAGUCGGGCGCGGUACGAAAUAGGAAACAGCAGCCUCCAGCCCAGCCCGGAACCUGUAUUUGAUGCAUGGACAUCAGAACUGCCUCUUUUAAACCCAAGGUUAGCCCUCGGAGAAGGACCUCCGUUGUUUGUUUCGAAAGGCCCCAGGGAUGCAGAGGAAGAGGAGGAGGAGACCUCAAAGCACUUGAGAACAUACAGACUUUCUUCUCGGCGUUGGCGUCGGCGCCUCGGUUGGCUCAGUCCGGCACCUGCUCCGUCUUAGAUCCGCCCAAUCCCGUCAACGCCAGGUGGCUCCAACGUUUUUCGGUUGCUCCCCUUCGUCGGUUUUAGACCUUCCGUGGCAUGUCCUUCGGCAGACUUCUCCACCCACCAAGGUUGGCAUCGAGCGGGAGGAAGCCUAAAAAAAAGACUUUUUUAUGGAACUUUGACUUUUCCCCCUCCAGGUUGUCGGUCAGUUCUCUGCCCUCGGUGGCUACAAGAUUUCAAAAGAAGCUGUCUUAACUUCCCCCAGGAUCCCGAUAAACCCAAGGUCUCUAUUUAUUUCUUCUAAGAACAGGCCUUGGCUUGCAUCAAUGUGGUAGCAUUAUUCUUCUCCAAGUCAAGGUAUUAAAAUUUGGGGCGGAGCAGCCCUGCACGGUUGUUUCCCUUUAAAAAAAAAAAAAAAUCUGAUUUCCGGAGGGUAUUUUUGUCAUCCCCCCGACGUGGGCUUGUGUAGCGACGGACAUCCUCACCCACGUCCGACGGGGUUUUAAAUAGAUCUAAGGAAAGCCUGGGAUUAACGCAGGGAGGUUUCGCACACGCUCCGCGUUCUCCCUCCCCCACCCCAUGUUCUUUUUUUUUAACUUGGCUACCUGGAUUCAGGGGGAGAGAACCGCAGCGACAGGCGGACGAGAGACAGACGGUAACGCCAAAGCAGAGCCGGCAGGUGGACGGGUGGCACGGCUUGUAUGUUCUCUCCACGGCAGCUGACGCGGUGACUUUUUCCCCUCUUUGGCGGGUCCUGUAUCUUCUUUCUCUUUGGCUGCUUGGGUUCAAGGGAAAAGGCCGAUUCCUACCUUGCCCAGGUUCAGCCUGAAAUAGCUCCCCGGUGGGUGGGUGGGGGGUUCUGAAGACCCCUGAGUUCCCCACACACCACACAACACCACCAUGCACCCAGAACAACUCUCUUACCUAGUGCAGACCGGGGAUAAUGACCGCGCAGGUGGGAUUCAGCUGAGCUUCCUGAUUGGCACCUUAAGGGAAAAAACGCAGGCGCUCUUGUUCCCCAGGGCCAAAGGGGUCCUGAGCCCCCUUUGGAUGAUCUUUGGAUGUGGGUCGUUACUGGAAAACUAGUUGAAAAUCUCCUUUUCUUUUCCGUUUGUUGGCCCUGAGACACGGCGGCCUCCUUGCCUACUGGAGACACAAAGCGCUUCGUUAUUCGUCAGCCAGGAUCAGGAAAUGCUGGUUUGUUUUGGAUGCGAGGUCAGCAGUAGUUGAAGCAUCAGGUCACCGAAAGGGCUGGCACUGGGGCGGGGGGAGUGGGGGGUUGUUCUUGCUGUCACCCUCCCUGAAGCUCUUCCUCAAGGCGGCGUGUUUGGAAGAGAGCAGCCAAGUUUCCAAAACUGCUCCACCUCGUCUCACCCCACCCACCGGUCUGGCAGUUUCCCUCCACUCAAGAGCAGCCACUAGCGCUACACCGACCGAAGAGAUGCGGGCAAAUCCGACAGGCAGCGACGAGCAAACAUCGGUGGUCCCUAUUGCUGCAGCCAAGCUCCUUCUCUGUCUCUCUUUCUCUCUCUUCCCUUUCUCGCCAUGCAUGCACGCAAACGCCGCACACCGUGAGAAUCGGUUCUCCUCGCGCUUCAUGGGAUUCCACGGCACGCACGGUCUGCCGCGGGCCCUGUCCAAGAGCGAGGCGGUGUCGAAACACCGGGCGUGAUGGUGCGGGGAAUUGCUCGGCCGCGACAAAUCUUACGGGCUCGCGGUGAACUCCCUUCUUCCUGCCCUUCCCCAAAUGCAGCAAUGUGUAUAAUAGGUUUUUUUAAAAAAAAAAUAAAAAUAAAUAAAAAUAGGAAAUUUGGGUGAGGGGAGGGGAAACGCUAAAGGAUUUUCGGGCUGUUUCACCGGAACCAAAUCGUUCCCGUCUCCUGAUCCGCGAUGGGCCGAAUACUUCCUUAAUUUGGGUCAACAAGCCACAAGUACGGCCGUUUUGCAUAUUGCUGAAUCUGUACGCACGGACUCUUGCAGAACUGGAACCAAUGUAUAAUUAAAAAGCAUCUCUCGGUCGCCCACCUCCCUUUUUUCCCCCUCUUUCCCCUAAAGCUGUGAAUCCAAUGAAUUGUCCCCGGAAAGCUGAAGUCUAUAGAGUGAGAAUCAAUCUUGAAUGUCUGAGCGCUUGCUACGAACCCGGGGUGGGUGGUCCAAUUCUGCCUGGUCUCCCAGUAGGAACCAGUUUGUCGCCUUCCUGGUCCACUUCUUGUUCCAGAAGCUCAAAUUCCAAGCUUUUUUUUUUUACAAGAGACGAUUCAAAUGCUUCUUGCCCUGGGCUGUGAUAUUUUUAUUUGCACAAUGGAGGGGUGAGAAAUCAUCAGAUUUCUCCUUGGAUUUGGGCCGGGUGGAAAAAAAAUAAAUAAAUUCAGCCUUGAGCGGAACUGAUUUUUAGACAGCCCAAAGUGGUACUCUUCUUUUCUUUUGCAAGAAUAUCUAUAUAUCUAUAUCUUUAUAAACAGAGUGCAGAAGACAAUGUCGUCCCAAUCAUUAGACUUGAACCCAGAACCAAAAACAGGGCAGGUUCAACCUUUCUCAUCCGUCCGGAGAACCACGGGCCUCGUCCCCUUUCAAUCCAGAGCAGAAGACCGUCUCGGUGGGGAAGCAGGUAUCUGACCCAGGGACCGUUUAAACCAGGGGUCUCCAACCUUGGCAACUUGAAGACUUGUGGACUUCAGCUUUGCUGGCUGAGGAACUCUGGGAGUUGAAGUCCACACGUCUUAAAAGUUGCCAAGGUUGGAGACCCCUGGUUCAAACUCAAUUGACUCCUUGUCCCCGAAGCUUAGCCAAAGCUUAAAUUGCUAGCUUGGUUGGAAAGAGGCCGCCGGAGUGGUCCUGUUGAGUCAGCACCUCCAAUCCACUGCUGCUACUCUUUUUUUUAUCUUUCCCGGAGAGGAAAAAAGGGCGUCUUUUCCUAACUUGCAAGCACUUCCCUUGGUUUAAAGGAAGAAACAAAAAUUAAAACGACACCAGCCCAGAGAGAGCGUAAUGCUACUUUGACAUUUGCAACGAAACGCUUAAGCAUUUUUCCUUGCAACGAAAACUUGGUUGCACCGUCAUUGCCCAAAAGCACCGUCGUCAGCCUUUGCAACGAAAAGCGGUGGGGAAGGUGCCACGGGGGUGGGUGGGAAUUUAACCUCACUCCAAAAAUGGAAAGAGAACCUUAACCAUACCUCUGGGAGCGCCGAAGGAGGGAGAUGGCUGUCUUAACAAUUUGCCCGGCUUAUGCCAGGCGGAAAGCUGAAGAGCUUUUAAGCUGUCAGCUUAUUUAAGCACCACAUCGUUGGGCGCAGUGAAAAACACAGAAGGCGUAUUCCUUUUUUUUAAAAAAACGGGGUGGGGGGGGAGGUCUUAUCGGUUUGCACCCCGUCUAGCCCUCCCAAAUUCACACAUCGGCCAGCUCCCUUCUUCCUUCUUCUCCAUCUUGGCGACCAUGUUGAGUCAUCUUGAGUCGGAAAGGGCGCACCAGGGAGCGAAUGCGAGAAGGUUUGGCCCAGCCGUGGGUUUUUUGUUUUUUUGCAGAAAGCCUUUCGUUUAAAAACCUCCAAAAUUGCCAUCCUGGGUCUCUCUUAAUUGUCCCAGUGUGUUCUGUUUGCUUUCUCGUAAUUGCACAUUUCUGGCAAGCCGAAGGAGCCCUGCGGGCAAUUAUCCGACAAUUAUCCUCCGUCGUUUGGGGUUAGGAGUCGGUUUGCCGGAGAAGGGAUAAUGCCGCUCACUUGCACAUUUGGCUCAGAAGGGUCCAACUUUUCCCUGCGCCUGACACAUUUCCUUUUUCUUCCUCUUGAAUCUUCUCCGCGAAUUACAUUCCUCGCUCAGUGUGGCGAAUUGCAAAGCCUCCGGGAACGACAAGCUGUAAAAUGCCUCUUGACAGGUGUGCUCUUCGCCUCCCAGAUCCAAAGAAACAGACAGACACCCACCCACCACCUUCGCCCGAUAUUCUUAGGAACAGAUUCAACUUUAUCUCCAAGGGGCUUUUAGCACGACUGUCACAAAAUGAGUUUGGAUGAAAGGAACUCGGGUGGAAAUGAGGUGUUCCUUGAGCGACGGACGUGGAAAAGGGAGCCAGGGCACGCUUAGGAUGAGUUUUGGUAUCUGCUGAGAUGCCAAAGGCAUCUCCGGCAACUGGCCAGCCUCUUCUCUCAAUCCCCACGUUGAAAACCUGAAAAUAAUUUGGAUUCCUUUACAAACAUGGAAACGGGAUGGAUCUCUAAGCAUUCCUUCCUGUAGACGAAAGUCAGCAUUUCUUCCAGGAAGCAAAGGAUUGGGAGAAUGUAAGGCAGGGGUGUCCAACCUUGGCCGCUUUAAGAUCUGCGGAUUUCAACGCCCAGAAUUCCCCAGCCAGCAUUUGCAUUUGCUGGCUGGGGAAUUCUGGGAAUUGAAGUCCGUAGGUCUUAAGCAGUCGAGGUUGGACACCCGUGAUCUAAGGUCAGCAUGGACUGCUGAACCCUUCUUAAGAUGUCCUUACUAACUUGGCCUGCUCAGAUCCGACCAAGUCUCAGCCCUGGUUCCCAUCCACUUUGGGUAUGGAGUCCUGCAAAGCCCAGGGGAGCUCUGAGGCUGAUUGAUGUGGUAGGCCAUCUGUCUUGGAGGACGUCAAGUGGUCAAGGCUUGCUUGGAAAUGGUCUUUGGAAAAAAAAACUCCCCCCACACCACCCAUCCUUGGUACUUGAGACGGGUCUGUUGUCUCUACCCUGCCUCGUUAUCUUGAGUUUCAGUAGAAGACAAUUAAGUGUAUCUUGAGUUGACUCUUUCUUUCAGCUUUCCUAACCUCCGAGUCACUGGGUUCAUUGGGUUUUCUAACUAGGAAGUAUGGAUUUGGUCGUUCUCUAUCACCAUUCCAGAUCCUGAUGAGUUCAGUGUCUCUGUAGGAAUUGUG